AUGCAGUUGGCCAGCGCCUGGAGCCAGGGUAAGAUGACUGAUGCGAACUCUCGGCUCUUUCAACAAACCAUUCGAGGUAGGGUGUUCAAUGUCUUCGCAGCCACCAGCGACGACUUGCAUAUGCAGAUGUUGAACGCAGCCCUGUAUCGACUUCAGCCCACACGCUUGCAGGAGAUCUUGCAAGAGGAGCCGCAUGAAGUGAAUCCAUUGCGCACUCGAGAGGAUGUUGCAUUGGCCUGUCACCCUGAAACCAUGAAGUGGCCAUUGCGGGUGGUGUUGUACGCUCGGCUGAGCGCGGAAGCUGCAUCGGAGCAAUCGAGGCUAGUGGCGGAGGCUCUGAGCUAUGUGCGCGAGUGGGAAGAUCAGCUUGUGCACGCUGUCUACUUCUCCACUAGCAACUGGCUGGAUCGUCAGAAGUCUUUCUUGCAGCUGCUUCUCAAGGAAAGCGCCUGA